ACAGAGCGCGGCACAGACAACCUCCAUGAGGGACCGUCUCCUGCAAGAAUAAAACACUUCAACAAACGAGGAGUAACCAGGAAGACUUCGCAGGUUUGGAAGUUCGCAUGCGGUGAAAUUUCCUCUCAAAUGUAGCCAGCAGUGUGAGUGUUGGUGCUUGUAAUCGCUCGGUCGCUGCCAUGGCUCUUCCCAGGGAUGCCAUGAAAAUCAGAACAGCCGACUGAGAGACCGCUGCUCCUCGCUAUCACAGACACGGCGGCGGCGGCGGCGGUGGUGGUGGAGAGCGAUGGAUGCUGGUGAAAAGAUCCACAUUAGGUAGCGUUCACGAAGACCCGAGGAGAGCUGAACGUCUCUGUUGCACAGUCAAGUCGCCGCCGGAGCUGUCUAAAGGAUGGAUUUCAACCUGCUCCGGAAUAUCAUCAGCAGAUACUGUGUGGGGGAGGAGAUCUGGGUGGACAGUCGGACGGUGUACAUCGGGCAUAAAGAACCCCCUCCAGGAGCUGAGGCCUACAUCCCUCAGCGUUACCCCGACAACCGCAUCGUCUCUUCCAAGUAUACCUUCUGGAACUUCGUUCCCAAGAAUUUGUUUGAGCAGUUCAGAAGAAUCGCUAACUUCUACUUCUUGGUCAUAUUUCUAGUCCAGCUUAUCAUUGACACCCCCACCAGCCCAGUCACCAGCGGCCUGCCCCUGUUCUUUGUUAUCACUGUCACCGCCAUAAAACAGGGCUAUGAGGACUGGCUCAGACACAAGGCUGACUGCUCUAUAAAUGAGUGUCCGGUGGACGUGGUGCAGCAGGGGAAGGUGGUGAGGACACAGAGUCACAAGCUACGGGUGGGGGACAUCGUCAUAGUGAGGGAGGACGAGACUUUCCCCUGUGACCUCAUCCUGCUCUCCUCAAGCCGCCAUGAUGGGACCUGCUACGUUACUACCGCUAGCCUGGACGGGGAGUCUAGUCACAAGACCUAUUAUGCUGUACCAGAUACCAUGGCCUUUAGAACGGAGCGGGAGGUGGAUUCACUACAUGCCACUAUUGAAUGUGAACAACCGCAGCCUGACCUCUACAAGUUUGUAGGACGCAUUAAUAUUUACAAGGACAAUGAAGAGCCUGUAGCCAGACCACUUGGGGCUGAGAACUUGCUCCUUAGAGGAGCCACACUGAAGAACACACAACAUAUUUACGCUGUUGCAGUCUACACUGGUAUGGACACCAAGAUGGCACUUAAUUACCAGUCCAAAUCUCAGAAGCGCUCCGCUGUAGAAAAGUCGAUGAAUGCCUUUCUGGUAGUGUAUCUGUGCAUCUUGAUCAGUAAAGCAGUGAUCAACACUGUUCUGAAAUACGCUUGGCAGUGGUCUCCUGACCGAGACGAGCCCUGGUACAACCACAGGACUGAGAACGAGCGCCAACGCCAUGUGGUGAUCCGAGCAUUCACAGAUUUCCUGGCCUUCAUGGUCUUGUUUAAUUACAUCAUCCCAGUGUCUAUGUACGUGACGGUGGAGAUGCAGAAAUUUCUGGGCUCCUAUUUCAUCACCUGGGAUGAGGAAAUGUUUGACGAAGAGCUGGGAGAGGGCGCUCAGGUCAACACCUCUGACCUGAAUGAAGAGCUGGGACAGGUGGAGUAUGUGUUUACUGAUAAGACAGGCACUCUGACUGAAAACAACAUGGAGUUUAUUGAAUGCUGUGUCGAUGGAAACGUCUACAUCCCACAUGCCAUCUGCAACGGCCAAAUCCUCAGUGCUGCCUCCAGUAUAGACAUGAUUGAUUCCUCACCUGGAGGAUAUAGGAGAGAACACGAGGACCUGUUUUUCCGGGCGCUGUGUCUAUGUCACACGGUACAGGUGAAGGAGGAGGAGACGGUGGAUGGCAUCAAGAGGGGCAUCCACCAGGGCCGGCCCACCUCCUUCUACAUCUCCUCCUCACCGGAUGAGGUGGCUUUGGUGGAGGGAAUGAAAAGGCUGGGUUACACCUAUCUGAGACUGAAAGACAACUACAUGGAGAUCCUCAACAAAGAUGAUGAGAUUGAAAGGUUUGAGCUGCUCCAUGUACUGAAUUUCGACUCUGUCAGGAGGAGAAUGAGCGUCAUAGUCAAGUCAAGCUCAGGAGAAUACCUGCUGUUUUGUAAGGGGGCAGACUCAUCAAUUUUUCCUCGGGUAGUAUCUGGGAAGGUGGAGCAGGUGAAAGCCCGGGUGGAGCAGAAUGCUGUAGAGGGGCUGCGGACUCUGUGUGUCGCUUAUCGAAGGCUGUCAGACUCCGAAUACGAGGAGGCGUGUCAUCACCUGAACGAAGCCAAGCUGGCCCUGCAGGACAGGGAGCAGAGGCUGGCGCAGGCCUAUGACAUCAUUGAGAGGGACUUUGUGCUUUUGGGCGCUACGGCAGUGGAGGACAGGCUCCAGGAGAAAGCCGCAGACACCAUUGAGUCAUUGCACAAGGCUGGGAUGAAAGUUUGGGUCCUGACAGGGGACAAGAUGGAGACGGCAGCGGCUACCUGCUACGCUAGCAAGCUGUUCCGUCGCAGCACUCAAAUCCUGGAGCUGACCAAAAAACGCACAGAAGAGCAGAGUCUGCACGAUGUCCUGUUUGAACUAAACAGGACCGUUCUCAGACAACGCUCCAUUUCUGGGUUGUCAGUAGACUGCCUUGAUUUUGGUCUUAUCAUCGAUGGGGCCACUCUGUCCGCAAUACUAAAGCCCAACCAGGAGCGUGCCGGGCCCAGCAACUACAGAGAGAUCUUUCUAGAGAUCUGUCGCAACUGCAGCGCUGUGCUCUGCUGUCGCAUGGCACCCCUGCAGAAAGCACAGAUUGUGAAGCUAAUUAAAGCCUCCAAGGAGCACCCCAUAACCCUCGCCAUUGGCGAUGGAGCCAACGAUGUCAGCAUGAUCUUGGAAGCACAUGUGGGCAUUGGGAUCAUGGGUAAAGAAGGCCGACAGGCAGCAAGGAACAGUGACUACGCCAUCCCCAAGUUCAAACACCUGAAGAAGAUGUUACUUGUUCAUGGCCACUACUAUUACAUCCGGAUUGCUGAACUUGUUCAGUACUUCUUCUACAAGAAUGUAUGCUUCAUCUUCCCUCAGUUCCUGUAUCAGUUUUUCUGUGGGUUCUCCCAGCAACCUCUGUAUGACACAGCCUAUUUGACGCUGUACAACAUCAGCUUCACCUCACUCCCCAUUCUCCUCUACAGCCUAGUUGAGCAGCAUGUCACAAUGGAGACACUCAAGAGGGAGCCGUCCUUGUACAGGGACAUAGCAAAGAACUCCCUCCUCCGCUGGCCUGUCUUCCUGUAUUGGACAUGCCUGGGUGUGUUUGAUGCUGUUAUCUUCUUCUUUGGUGCCUACUUCCUGUUUGACAACACCACUUUCACCAGCAAUGGCCAGCUUAUGACCACCAACACACAGAUGAUGUUUGGGAACUGGACCUUCGGGACUCUUGUCUUUACUGUGCUGGUCUUCACCGUUACGCUCAAGCUUGCCUUGGACACACACCACUGGACCUGGAUCAAUCACUUUGUCAUCUGGGGCUCACUACUUUUCUACGUUAUUUUCUCUCUUCUCUGGGGAGGCAUCAUUUGGCCCUUCCUGAACUACCAGAGGAUGUACUACGUGUUCAUGCAGAUGCUGUCUAGUGGCCCGGCCUGGCUUAGCAUCAUCCUGCUUAUUACAGUCAGCUUGUUGCCAGAUGUCAUCAAGAAGGUCCUUUGCAGGGCCAUAUGUCCCACAGCCACCGAACGUGCACAGGAUCAUGAGAAGCUGUCGCGGGGUGGCAUGGCUGAGUCGACUCCACUUUCCUCUCGUCGAUCCUACAUGGGCACGAGUACGGACUCUUCUCACCUCCACCUUGGCGGCGCGGAGAUGCUGUCACUCCGGAGGUCUGACGCCCUUCCCCAUAAACUACUGGCCCACUUGGCAGAAGGGGCAGGGGCAGACUUGUGUUCUCUCAGCCCCUACAUGCUCCGUCUCUCAGGGGCGGGAUUUGCCUACUACGCUCCAGGGCCGGAAACCUCUGUGUGAACACAAACAUAGCGUAUGUGGAUCUCGUGGGGUGAAAUCUAAAGUACAUCCGACGAUGUGCAAUCAAGGAUUUAUAGAGCAAAAUACAAACAAACACGUUUUCACAUCAACCUCCAUGCUGAGUUCACCAUGUGCAUUUUCUGGGCUACACCUGAGUGGACUAAACCUUUGCGAUAUUUUAGCCCUGACGCCUCAUCUUCAUACUUUGCUAACUUUUUAUUUAAGUGUAGUCCCAUCAAUGUUCCUACCCAAACUCUUACUUGAAAAAGUCUAAGAACUAAGGGGGAACCAUGUGCGAAGGUGCAUUGUUUGAUGCACUAUAGAACUGUCCUGUUUCAACAUGUCAUUUCAACAUGUCAACACUCGGGCCUUUUUGUAUUCUUUGUCCUCAUUUUAAGUCUCACGUUCUUGCCUGUUCCUUCACUUAUGUGUCCUUUUUUUUUUUUUUUUGCUUCUUUGUAAAUGUUUGUUGAAAAAGUUUGUGGUCUGGCCAAGUAAGGGGCAGCUGUCAAGCUCAGCCCUUUAGGUGCGUGUGCAUGUGCGAGUGUGUAUGCAUGAAUUUGCCUGUUACUGUAUGUUUGUAUGAGACACACCUUUGCCUUACAGGUAACCACACAGCAGCAGGCAAGGAUCCAAAAGAGAAAGGUGUAAAAAAAAACACAAAAAACAAUCAAAAGUGGUGUAUUACAAAGCCUUACACACACACACACCCAUCAGCUGAAGGAGAGAAAUGGGGAAAAUCUGAAGAGGGAUGUGCAGUUUUCUAGCCACCCUGCCUUAAUUCAUUAAUACCCAUUUUUAGUGGAUUAUAUUUCUAGCUCUGUUUAACAUGUUAGUAAGUGGAAAGCGAGGUUCAGAGGGCAUACAUGUCUGGUACAAUGUCUAUUACUCCUCAUUCUUCCUCUUCCUUUUUUCCUCACGAGUGUGUCAACUUUUAUUUUUCUUUAUAACAUUGUAGCAUGUCAGAUCUCUCUACCGCAUGUUGCUCUGUUCCUGUCUCGGUUCUUCCUCAUCCUCCUUCAUCCCAGACAUCAUCCAUCAUGAACCACAUCAUGACACCUUUUCUUCCUCCUAACAAUGAGCACACUGUGCCCACUCCUGCCUCCAUGUGGCCAUGUAGGGUAACAGCAGCAGCCCGAGACCGAUGGAGUCUUUUAUUUAUGGAUGUCCUAAAUGACUUGCUAUUCUUUACUGUUGCAUUGUGCUUGUGUGUUUGCUGCCAUGCUCUGCGUUAUGCAAAUGUUAAUGUAAGAAUGCUAAUGUAAUGUUAUCACAUUAUAAGGUUUUUUUUUCUCUGUGUUGCAUUAAUCCAUGAGUUUUUCUGUGUUCUAAAAUUAUUGAUGGCACUCGCUGUUGAUGUAUGGAUGUAACUUAAACACUUUUGAUAUAUAUUGUAGUGAGAAGGGGUGGUAUAUAGCCUGUUAUGAUUAGGAGGGAGACUUGAAUCGGCGAUGUCACAAUCAAAUCAAUAGAAUGUUGAACUGAUUUGUCCAUCAUGUCCUCCAGCCGAAGAUUGUAGCUCAUUGUGGAUGAACCUCUUUUCUACAUUUCUAACAUCUGAAGUCCUCUUUGUCCAAAGCAUAUCUGUCGUGUUGCACAGCAAGUGACUGACUCGGGAAGUCUUGAAUGUCAGAUUAUGAAGCAUUUUUGUAUGUUUAUACAGUUUAUUUUCAUACACAUCACCAUCUGCCAACAUGUAUUUAAUAACAGGUGUUCUGUAUUUUUUUACUGGGGCACAGAUGAUUUAUCAGUUUGGUUGGAGGUCUGGAUUUGUCUCUUUCAGUUUUCACUCAAAGCCCACAAGCCUCUUCAAGUGUUUGGACUUGGGGGCUCAACGUCCUGACCUCAGUAGAUUAAUAGAAGGGCCUUGGUGCUUGUUAUGCAGUGUCUCACUUCACUGUGCUGUUGCCAUACUGUAUUAAGACAUAUUCUACAUGUCACACACCAAUCCUACCACAAUAAUGCUGUAAGGUCUAUUUUACUUUAAUAAUGUAAUGGGGAAUUCUUUGUAGUAGUAUUUUGGUAGCAGAGCCCUCCACAGCUCAAAUUUUCACUACUACUUGUCAUUUUUGUGUUGUCCGUGGUGACUAUUUCUUUUGCUAUUUUUGUAUCCCAGAGAGAAUACUAUAUUUUAACUCUGUUAGAAUGUGUGUUCACGUUUGUAACCAAAAUAAGAACAACAUAUACAUUAUAUGAUUCAUUAGAGAUGUAUCAAUAGGUCUACACACUGCACUUUGUUCUACAACAGGUCCUUUUUCCCCCCUUAAACAAGGUCUAUAUUGUCUUUCGACUGGGGUUUAAGUGUUCACUCUUCCUCACAAGUUAUUUUUCUAAGAUUGUAGGGGUGAGAAAAAAAAAGUGACCAAAUAACUUGACUAGGAAUGGACUGUCUGUAGGUGUCAGCCUGUGUCACAGAUGGGUUUAUCGCACCAGCCUUCUACUGCUGAUCAGAAUGUCAAACUGCUUUUUCUAAGUCCAUCAGCAGAACAGCAGGUGCUCAUCCUGUCAUUCCUGAGCUUGGCAAAGGUCUGAAAUGUUGACGUCUGUGCUGAGCAGCACACUUCAUAUCAUACCUUUAGUACAACACUGUUUGGAUUACUAAACAGGUUUUGAGAAUUAACUUUUUUUGGGGGGGGUAAUAAUUUUAAAAAGUUCACCUGUUGACUUUUUGCCAGCCUGUCUGUAGCAAGUGAGGGCAAAGCACUGUAUUGUCAUUCUGCUUGUAAUAAACAGUGAAAACAC